UCUAAACAACCGUGGAUGACAAGUGUGAACAAAUCUGUGUGGCAUGGUUGGACCACUACAUGUGCCAUGUUGAACAAACUACAGUUGCCAUGCAAUGACCAACUGCUACCAUGAUUGCAGGUUGUUACGGUGGAACCACGUCGGCAAACAUCUCAUGGCAAGCUUCACAGUUGCAGGAAAGCGCUAUUGCAGAUAGAGCACAUCAAAUUGGAAUGACAGACCACACAAGAUCGGCACAUGCGGCACAACAAGGACCUUCAACUACAAUUAACAGCGGCGCGGGGACAUCUACUGCGGGGAGCUCUGAGCGCACGGAAGACGCGUUCCACCAGCCAGCCAACACUCAUGCCACAAACAAUGCCGAGUCAGUGUCGGAAAUGGCAAUCGUGCCAGCAAUACCGACAAGCACACAUGUGCACACCAGCACAAGCAACACUCAAGCAGGUGAAACAGCCGCCGAUACUGAAGUGAAUGAUGAAACCGAUGACGAAGCACAAGGGGAUGAAGAUGGUGGGCAAUCAGAAAUCAUGGUACCCCAGCCACCGUAUCUUGGGCAGAGAUUUGAUUCGUUUGCAGAUGCAAAGGAAUUCUACCAGACAUAUGCAAAAACUUCCAUGGAUGGAGCACAGUGGGUGGUCACUGAAUAUUUUGACGAGCACAACCACGAGCUAAUAAAGAAGUUUGACCUGGUAAAAUUUCUGACCGCCCACAGAGGAUUCACCCCCCUCGAGAAGAAAUUCAUAAAGCUGCUAAAUGAUUGUAACGUCGGUCCAUCAAGAAUGGUGCAGAUACUCUCCCUCAUCCACAGCAAAAACGGGUCUCUGAGUAGCAUGCCCUACCUACCAGCACACGUCACAAACCUAAAGGCAAAGUACCGUAGAGAAAGCAAGUUGGCUGACAUAGAAGCCACGAUAGCCUACUUCGAUGAGAAAGCGAAAGAAGAUCAAGAUUUCUUCUACAGGAUAAGAUUGGACAAUGAGGACCGUGUCAGGAACAUGUAUUGGGUGGAUGGUGCUGCAAGAAGAGCCUACAAACAUUUCCGAGACUGCAUUUCUUUCGACGCGACAUAUCUCACUAAUAUGUACAAGAUGCCAUGCGCUCCAUUCAUAGGAAUAAAUAACCACAAUCAGUCAUUGCGGUUCGGAUGCGGGCUCGUUCGAAACGAAGACACGGAUGGGUACGUUUGGCUGUUCAAGACCUUCUUGGAGUGCAUGGGUGGACUUGCUCCAAUGAACAUAAUAACAGACCAGGAUUUUAGCAUGCGUGCAGGCAUAGAGGAGGUCUUUCCGUUAGCAGUGCACAGGCACUGCAGGUGGCACAUUAUAAAGAAGGCUGAGGAGACACUAGGACCGUUCUUUGCUGACCGUCCAGACCUGCACAAGGCAUUCGAGCUGUGCGUGGACCACAACUUGAUGGUGGAGGAGUUUGAAAGGAGCUGGAUGGCUAUGAUUGAAACAUAUCAAGGCCAAGACCACGAGACGCUUGCUAGCUUGUGGGAUAAGCGGAUGUACUGGGUGUCGGCCUACUUCAUGCAGUGCUUCUUCCCGUUUCUGCAGACUACACAGCACAGUGAGGGGUUCAAUGCUGUUUUGAAGAGGUACGUGAGCCUUGGCAACUCAUUACUACAGUUUACCAAGCAGUACACCGCUUUGCAACAAAACAUACUGGGAUCCGAGCUACAGCAAGAAGCAAACACCGCGCUCAAGCAGCCAAAAUUGCUAACGUAUUUACCGAUGGAGAGGCAGAUGAGCAAGAUAUACACCAACACGAUUUUUAACAAGUCAGUUGUGUUACAAUCUUAUUUGCACAAAUCAUGA